AUGGGUUGCUUCGCAUGUUUUAAGAGUAAGAAAAAGAGGGAAGAUUCUUCUCAGAGACACAGCAAACCUAUUUCUUCUCGUACACGGCAAGAUCAUCUCAGUUCAUCAUCAUCACCAUCUGAUCCUCCUCCAGCUUCAGCUUCAGCUUCAGCUUCGGCAUGCACAAGCAAUGCUCCUCCGGCCGACGCCAACGUCGGGACUCCGGCGAGUCGAAACAUCGGCGCAGCCAAGGCAUUCACAUUCCGGGAGCUCGCCAUAGCGACGAAGAACUUCCGGCAAGAGUCCCUAUUGAGUGAGAGCGGAAUCGGACGAGUCUUCAAAGGGACACUUCAAUCGAACGGACAGAUCGUCGCUGUUCGAUCUCUCGACCGGAGCGCGACUCAAGGGAGUAAAGAGUUUCAAGCUGAAGUCUCGACGUUGAUCCAACUUGACCACCCGAAUCUCGUCAAAUUAAUCGGAUAUUGCGCCGAUGGCGAUCAAAGGCUUUUGGUUUACGAGUACUUGCCGUUGGGCCCUUUGGAAACCCGUCUCUUCGAGCUUCCCGAGGAUAAGAAGCCGUUGGAUUGGUCGGCGAGGAUGAAGGUAGCGUUGGGCGUCGCGGAAGGGCUCGAGUAUUUGCACGAGAAAGUCGAUCCGCCGAUCAUAUAUUGCAGCUUGAAGUCGUCGAACAUUUUGCUCGACGACAACGCCAACACUCCGAAGCUCUCCGAAUACGGCCUCGCCAAGCUGAUGCAGCACAGCAACAAGAUGAAUGCGUCGCCGACAAUCCUAUCGGCCUACGGCUACUCCGCGCCGGAAUGCGGUAGGCAUGGCGACGCCACGAUGAAAUCCGACGUCUACAGCUUCGGCGUAGUUCUACUCGAGCUUCUCACGGGGCGUCGAGCCUACGACGGGUCGAGACCCGCGCAAGAACAAAGCUUGGUCACUUGGGCUAAACCUUUUAUGUGUGAUCCAAAGAAGUAUCCGGAAAUGGCGGAUCCGCGCCUCGGAAAGGAGUUCCCGACGACGGCGUUGAACCAAGCCGUCGGAGUUGCGUCGAUGUGUAUACAGGACGAGCCGUCCGUACGACCCUUGAUCGCCGACGCGGUGGCUGCUCUUACUUUUCUUGCGACGGGUGGUCCCGGAGCGCCUUUCUCGACUCACUUAAAUGACAUAGAUGAAGACGACGAAGACGACGAAGAUGAAGAUGAUAUGUAUUCCUAA